AUGUCCUUACCGCCCGAGCUUCUUGACUACGUUUGUGGCUUUGUCGCCACGCGCGAUUUAGCUCUGGUUGCUCGCUGCUCCAUUACUCUCUACCCAAUUGCUCUGCGAUCUCUUUACCGCCAAAUCACCAUCUCAGACGCGUCUACUCAGUCCAUUGUCCAUACUCUCGCCCACCGUCGCGACAUUGCCGCUUUCGUGCGCAAAUUUUCAGUCGCCGAUGUCUCUUUAUGCCCCCACGAACUUGCCGCUGCUCUGACUAACAUGGCGGCUACCCUCGUUUCCCUUGACAUCUGGGUUGAGGGUGUUGAGAGUUGGAUCUUCUCAACCGGCCUCAUGUCACCACAACUCGAACACCUUGGCACCUCCAUCCCAUUCGACCCUCAUGUUGCUGGCUUUUGCGCGGGGGCCCCUUCGCUAGAAACGGUCCAUUUUGCUUCCGAACCCGUAGACUUUUGUGUUGACGCGUGUGUUUUUCCGCGCCUUGCCACGUUUACGGGAUCUGCAAAAGCGGCUGUUGCGAUUGUACCAGGAAGACCCAUCGAGAGCGUUUUCAUCACUUCUGGCGAUCUUUCAGAGGACCUUGUCCCGGUCUUGGCCAGAUCAACAAGUCAACUCUCCGUCCUCAGUACAACCACCAACUCCCUCCCUGUCUCCCUUCUGGGCGGUCUCGGCCGGCAUCUGCCCCAGUUAAGGUAUCUCCAAAUAAAUUCUACUCGCGACUUGGCUACUCCUCCCACGACCAUAUUUUACGAGCAAGUGGCGGAUGCCCUCGCACUAUUUCCCAUUCUCGAAUCAUUCGAGUUGUCAGGCAUAUAUUGGCCGUCCCAAGUAUACCAGCAAGAGCAAAAACGCGUUUGGCAGUCACAGCCAUUGCAUGCCGAGGAGCUUGACGCUCCAGAGGAUAUGGACGAAUUCGGUUUCCUGUGGUGA